UUUAUGUAGGAUUAUUUCAUUUUCUAGAUUUCCCUUCAAAAGUAGCUUUGCUGCCAACAGAGGCAUUGCUCUACUGGAGUCAAGAUGGAAACUGCUGUUGAGAACAAUGAGCUGGUCCUUAUAGAACCGCAGCCUAACGAUUUAGAAAUACAAACCAAUAAUUCAGAAAUGCAACCUAAUAAACGGAGGAAAAAGAAGUCCAUAGUAUGGGAACACUUCACUAUUGAACAUGUUGGAUCUGGAUGUAGAAGGGCAUGCUGUAAACAAUGCAAGCAAUCUUUUGCAUACAGUACGGGGUCAAAAGUAGCUGGCACAAGUCACCUCAAACGCCAUAUUGCAAAGGGAACCUGCCCAGUGGUCCUACGUAAUCAGGAGAAGAAUCAAGUAACCCCUUAUAGUGCACCUUCAAAGAUGGGUGGAAUUGGGGAUACACCAAAACGACGUUACAGAACUGCUAGCAUACCUUUCAUUGCAUUUGAUCCAGACCGUUGCCGCCAUGAGAUUGCUAGGAUGAUCAUUAUGCAUGACUACCCACUUCACAUGGUUGAACACCCUGGCUUUGUUGCUUUUGUCCAGAACCUUCAGCCCCGGUUUGAUAUGGUGAGCUUCAACACUAUCCAAGGGGAUUGUGUGGCAACUUACCUAGGGGAAAAGCAAAGCCUUCAGAAGGUGAUUGAAGGGAUGCUUGGGCGUGUUUGCCUUACACUGGACUUGUGGACUUCAUGCCAGACUGUGGGUUACGUGUUUCUAACUGGUUACUUUAUUGAUAGUGACUGGAAGAUGCAGAGGAAGCUUCUCAAUGUCGUGAUGGAACCAUAUCCUGAUUCAGACACUGCUUUCAGCCAUGCUGUUGCUGCUUGCCUUUCUGAUUGGAGUGUGGAGGGCAAGUUAUUUUCUGUCACCAUAAACCAACCUCUGAGUGAAGCUGGGAUUGAUAAUCUUAGAGCUUUACUUUCUGUGAAGAACCCCCUAAUGCUCAAUGGUCAAUUGUUGGUUGGGGAUUGCCUUGCUCGAACUUUAAGUAGCAUUGUCCAAGAUGCAUUAAGGGCUGUGCACAAUACUGUCAAGAAAGUCAGAGAUGUUGUGAAAUAUGUGAAAACUUCAGAAGCCCAUGAGGAAAAAUUUCUUGAGCUCAAGCAGCAACUUCAAGUCCCUAGCACAAAGAGCCUAGAUCUUGAUGACCAGACUCGAUGGAACACAUCAUAUGAAAUGUUGCUCGCUGCUUCUGAGUUAAAGGAAGUCUUUCCUUGCUUGGAUACUUCUGAUCCUGAUUACAAGCAACCACCAUCUGCGGAAGAAUGGAAGAAGGUUGACACUCUAUUGACGUACUUAAAACUCCUCUUUGAUACCACCAAUCUCCUAACCUCAGCAACUAUCCCAACUACCAACACAUACUUUCAUGAAGCAUGGAAGAUUCAGUUGGAGCUAGCACGGGCUUCCACAAGUGAAGAUCCCUUCGUCAGCAACCUUACCAAAUCAAUGCAAGAGAAAUUUGACAAAUACUGGAAAAGCUCUUGCCUAAUUUUGGCAAUUGCAGUUGUUAUGGAUCCCCGGUUCAAGAUGAAGCUUGUUGAAUUCAGUUUCUCCAAAAUCUAUGGUGAAGAUGCUGCCACAUAUGUGAAGAUUGUUGAUGAAGGAAUUCAUGAGCUCUUUCAUGAAUAUGUGGCACUUCCUCUGCCUCUAACGCCUGCUUAUGUGGAAGAAGCUAACGGGGGAACUGUCAAGCCAGAGGAUCUCCAAGGAAACCUUCUUCCAAGCAAUGGACUCGGACUUACAGAUUUUGAUGUCUAUAUCAUGGAAACUACCAGCCAGCAGUCGAAGUCUGAGUUGGAUCAGUAUCUGGAGGAGUCACUGUUGCCUCGGGUUCAUGAGUUUGAUGUAGUAGGUUGGUGGAAGCUAAACAGGCUGAAGUACCCAACUCUCUCAAAGAUGGCGCGUGAUAUUUUGUCAGUUCCCAUAUCAACUGUUGGACCUGAUUCGGUAUUUGAUACCAUGCAUAAAGAGAUGGAUCGUUACAGAUGUUCCUUGAGACCCGAGACAGUGGAGGCCCUUAUAUGCGCAAAGGAUUGGCUUCAGAGUGAAGCAAUCGAUACUUCUACUGCCCUCGUGAAAAUGGAAGUCCCUAUUUAGGUUUCGUUUUUGUCAUGUUGUGUCUGUGUACCAGGGUAGGAAGCAAUUUCGUUCACUUAUAGACUCCAUUUCGUGCUCCUACUCUAUUCUGACUUUAAGGUUGGAACCUCACUGUACCAUAACUUGGGAUCAUUAGAUGCUUGGACAUUAGUAUUUAAGUUCUACAUCUGUGUCUUUGUUGUGUUUUUCGUACUGUUUUGUUAAACCAGUCAUGAAAAUACAUAAUUUGAGUACCUAAUUAACGGUAAGCAAAGAACUGA